AGGUCAAAAAUGGCGUCGCUGAGGUCUUUUCUUCGCUCCGGGAAGAAUGCCGUCUCGGUGGUUCUGCGAAGAGAGUUUAGCAAGACCUCUCCGGCUGCUGUGCAGGUGAAUGUCAGAGAUGCCCUCAACCAGGCAAUGGAUGAGGAGCUGGAGCGGGAUGAGCGUGUCUUUCUCCUGGGGGAGGAGGUGGCCCAAUAUGAUGGUGCUUACAAGGUGAGCAGGGGACUGUGGAAAAAAUAUGGAGACAAACGCAUCAUCGACACGCCAAUCACAGAGAUGGGCUUUGCUGGCAUUGCUGUUGGUGCUGCAUUCGCAGGGCUGAGGCCCAUCUGUGAGUUCAUGACCUGGAACUUCUCCAUGCAAGCCAUCGACCAGGUGAUCAACUCCGCUGCUAAGACCUACUACAUGUCUGCAGGAUUUCAGACCGUACCCAUCGUGUUCCGAGGCCCCAACGGCUCCUCCGCAGGUGUGGCAGCCCAACACUCCCAGUGCUUUGCCGCUUGGUAUGGUCACUGUCCUGGGCUCAAGGUGGUCAGCCCCUGGAACUCAGAGGACGCCCGCGGACUUCUAAAAGCAGCUAUAAGGGACGACAACCCCGUGGUGUUCCUGGAGAAUGAAAUGAUGUAUGGCGUUCCCUUUGAGUUGUCGGAGGAGAUGAUGCAUAAAGACUUUGUGAUUCCGAUUGGAAAGGCCAAGGUGGAAAGGCAAGGCACCCACAUCACUUUGGUGUCCCAUUCGCGCUGUGUGGGCUUCUGUCUGGACGCAGCAGCUGUCCUGGCCAAGGAGGGCGUUGAAUGUGAGGUGGUGAACCUGCGGACCAUCAGGCCCUUGGAUGUGGAUACCAUUGAGGCCAGUGUGAUGAAGACAGGCAACCUGGUGACUGUGGAGGGUGGCUGGCCCCAGUAUGGAGUAGGAGCUGAGAUCUGUGCCAGAAUCAUGGAGGGCCCAGCGUUCAACUACCUGGAUGCUCCUGCAGUGAGAGUGACUGGUGUAGACAUCCCCAUGCCCUACGCUAAAAUCCUGGAGGACCACAGUGUACCUCAGAUCAAAGACAUCAUCUUUUCUGUCAAGAAAGUCUUGAAUAUGUAAACAAGCCAAUCACUCCCUCUGUAUCCCGCUACUUCUCUGGGAAAACAACCCAUAUUUACUAUUAAACUACUUGUAAGUACCUAUUUAUUUAUACAAUAAUAAGUACUUAUACAGUAUGUUACUGUAGUAAGUACUUAUUUACUCCCAUGUCAACCAGUGAAUAUACGCACAUGACUAAAGGAAAAUGUUCCUUAUUCAGAUAUGGUAAUAUACUUCUGUUUCCUCAUUGGUUUGUGCACGUUCAAGACAGUGAUGUGGGCCAAUGUAAACCGUCUAACUCAUUGACUGUGAAUAGUAGAUCUGGGCAGUAAUGAAAACGAAGAAUGACUCGAAGAAGAAUGAAUUGUAGAUUGUAAUGAAGUGCAUCCCUGGCUGAUAUUACUGUAAAAACUCCCAACUGUAUUAUUUUGUUGCUGUAUAUGGGCUGUUACAGAAAUAAAACUCUUUAUCACCGUC